AGUGUUUACGGAAGUGACGUCUGACGUUUCGUGUUCCGCACAGGCGUCCAGGAACGAAGAAAAAAACCACGAAGCUCAGGCGAGAAGCGCGCUUAUAGAUCAUAAAGGUCAUAAAGGUCGGCGACCAGCGCGGUUGUGGUCAUGUGUGCGACGCCGAGGAGCGCCCGCGGCUGAGGACCGGCGCUUUAACUGACGCGAGUGCCGCGGCGAGGUUUGUUUAUGUGUCGCGAGACGCCCCGGUCGGGUUAAGUGAGUUAUUAAUCGUUCGUUAGAGUUUAAUUGCUGUCGAAUGAGUGUGAAGAUGUCGACCAGCAGCCCCGAGGCGGUGAAGAAACUCCUGGAGAACAUGCAGGCGGACCUGCGCUCUCUGUCCAUGGAGUGCAAGAAGAAAUUUCCUCCAGUCAAAGAGGCCGCAGAGUCUGGCAUCGUCAAGAUCAAAACCAUCGCUGCUAGAAACACAGACAUCCUGGCAGCGCUGAAGGAGAACAGUUCAGAGGCGGUCCAGCCGUUCCUCAUGGGCUGCGGAACCAAAGAACCCAAAAUCACCCAGCUGUGUCUUGCAGCCAUUCAGAGACUCAUGUCACAUGAGGUCGUGUCCGAGGCGGCGGCUGGGAACAUCAUUAACAUGCUGUGGCAGCUGAUGGAGAACGGACUGGAGGAGCUCAAACUGCUGCAGACGGUUCUGGUGCUGCUCACCACUAACACCAUCGUACACGAUGAAGUUCUGUCCAAGGCCAUCGUUCUGUGUUUCCGCUUGCACUUCACUAAAGACAACAUCACCAACAACACGGCGGCCGCCACCGUCAGACAGGUCGUGACCGUGGUGUUCGAGAGGAUGGUGGCAGAGGACCAGAAAUUCAAAGGUCUGACGGAAGAGCCUCCAGCUGUCCCGGGCAACAGUAACCGGCGCUCCGUCAGCUCCCUGAGACCCAGCGCUAAAGACGCCUACAUGCUGUUCCAGGAUUUGUGUCAGCUGGUGAACGCGGACGCCCCCUACUGGUUGGUGGGAAUGACCGAGAUGACCCGGACGUUCGGCCUGGAGCUGCUGGAAUCGGUUUUAAACGACUUUCCUGAAGUUUUCCUGCAGCAUCAGGAGUUCAGUUUCCUGCUGAAGGAGCGCGUGUGUCCGCUGGUCAUCAAGCUGUUCUCUCCCAACAUCAAGUUCCGUCAGGGCAGCAGUAGCAGCGCGUCGUCUCCGGCGCCCGUGGAGAAACCCUACUUCCCCAUCUGCAUGAGACUGCUGCGGGUCGUCUCGGUUCUCAUCAAACACUUCUACAGCCUCCUGGUGACGGAGUGUGAGAUCUUCCUGUCUCUGCUGGUGAAGUUUCUGGAUGGAGAGAAGCCGCAGUGGCUGAGAGCCGUGGCGGUGGAGUCUGUGCACAGACUGUGUGUUCAGCCGCAUUUACUGCAGUCUUUCUGUCAGUCGUACGACAUGAAGCAGCACUCCACCAAAGUCUUCAGAGACAUCGUCAACGCUCUGGGCUCCUUCAUCCAGUCGCUCUUCAUCCUCCCCGGCGCAGGAAACACCUCGUCCACCAGCACGCCUGCAGUGGCUCAUGAGGUUUGGGAGGAGAUGGUGAACGCCUGCUGGUGCGGUCUGUUAGCGGCUCUUUCACUGCUGCUGGACGCUAGUACUGAUGAGACGGCUACAGAAAGCAUCCUGAAAGCCGAGCUGUCCGUGGCGUCUCUGUGCGGUCGUCUGAGUUUGGUGACGCCGCGUGACGCUUUUAUUACGGCUAUCUGUAAAGCGUCUCUCCCUCCUCACUACGCCCUCACCGUCCUGAGCAACGCCGCCAACCUGUCCAAUAAAGUGUACUCUAUCCAGGGUCAGAGUGUGCAGAUGGUCAGUCCGUCCAGUGAAUCUCACCAGCAGGUGAUAGCAGUGGGUCAGCCGCUCACCGCACAGCCGCAGGGCACCGUCGUGCUCACAGCGAAGAACAUUCAGUGCAUGCGGACGCUGCUGAAUUUGGCUCAUUGUCAUGGUGCUUAUCUGGGGACCUCAUGGCAGCUGGUUUUAGCCACACUACAGCAUCUGGUGUGGAUUCUGGGUCUGAAACCAGCUGUUGGUGGAGUUCUGAAGCCCGGGAGGGCUGUGGAGGGUCCGAGCACGGUUUUGACCACAGCGGUGAUGACCGAUCUACCCGUCAUAUCAAAUAUCCUUUCCAGACUCUUUGAAAGCUCACAAUACCUGGAUGACGUGUCUCUGCAUCACCUGAUAAACGCUCUGUGCUCUUUAUCCAUGGAGGCCAUGGAGAUGGCUUACGGAAACAACAAGGAGCCGUCUCUGUUCGCAGUGGCCAAACUGUUAGAGACCGGACUGGUUAAUAUGGACCGGAUCGAGAUUCUCUGGCGGCCGCUGACGGCUCAUUUACUGGAGGUCUGUCAGCAUCCUAACGCUAGAAUGAGGGAGUGGGGCGCAGAGGCCAUCACCUCGCUGAUCAAAGCUGGACUCUCUUUUAAACACGAGCCACCGCUGUCCCAGAACCAGAGGCUGCAGCUGCUGCUUCUGAACCCUCUGAAGGAGCUCUCCAACGUCCUUCACACCGAUAUCCGACAGAAACAGCUGGAGUGUGUCCUACAGAUCCUGCAGAACCAGGGAGACAGUCUCGGACCGGGAUGGCCUCUGGUGCUGGGGGUCAUUGGAGCGAUUCGCAAUGACCAGGGUGAAUCCCUCAUACGAACAGCCUUCCAGUGCCUGCAGUUGGUGGUGACCGACUUCUUACCCACAAUGCCUUGCAUGUGCCUCCAAAUUGUGGUGGAUGUAGCUGGCAGCUUUGGGCUCCAGAACCAGGAGCUGAACAUCAGCCUGACGUCUAUCGGCUUGCUGUGGAACAUCUCAGACUACUUCUUCCAAAGGGGAGAAGCUAUUACAGAGGAGCUGGAGAGGGAGGAAGCGGUUCUCUUGAAACAGGCCCAAGAUAAAGGUGAACCUCUGAACCGACCCUUCCACCCUGCGCCACCCUUUGACUGCCUGUGGUUGUGCCUGUAUGCCAAGCUGGGUGAGUUGUGCGUGGACCCACGGCCGGCUGUGAGGAAAAGCGCCGGCCAGACAAUGUUCUCUACCAUUGCUGCUCACGGAACGCUGCUGCAACCACUGACCUGGAACAUUGUGGUUUGGAAGGUUCUCUUUCAUCUGCUGAACUGUGUAAGGAAGUCCUCCACCACGGCCGACAAGGAAAAGAUCGAAUCCGGAGGUGGAAACAUCCUCAUCCACCACUCACGUGACACAGCAGAGAAACAGUGGGCAGAAACAUGGGUUCUGACUCUUGCGGGCGUAGCUCGGAUCUUCAACACCAGGAGAUACCUGCUUCAGCAGCUGGGUGACUUUUUCAAGGCUUGGGAAGUUCUGUUGGACCACAUCCAGUCCGCUGCGCUCAGCAAGAACAAUGAGGUUUCCCUCGCCGCCCUCAAGAGCUUCCAGGAGAUCCUCCAGCUAGUCACGCCCAUGAAAGACAUGGAUAAACUCGACGUUCUCGCAGCUAUGGACGUUCCUCCUGUCCUUAUGGAGUCUCUUCAAGGUUCUGGGCCAGGAAGACCCCUAGUCCGGUCUGAUUCCCUUGCCGAGCGACUAGUCCAGCGCUACGGCGCGCAACCUUCACUUCCACCACCUGGAGAGGAGCUGGACGACUCGGCCCUCUGGUGGUCAGCGUGGAACACUUGGUACCGGAUAGGAACCGAGUGCACACGACCCCCUAGUGGUGGAAAAGAUAAAUUAGUGUUCGUACCCAGUCAGCCUUUCCUGACGGCGCUAAUACAGAUUUUCCCAGCGUUGUACCAGCACAUCGCAGGAGGGUUCAGCAUGGAGGAUCUCAAGAAGCUGGGGGUGAUUCUGCAUGGAGCCGUGUCGGUCCCCAUAAGCUCAGACUCCUCGCCCUUCAUCUUGCCCUCCUACACUGAAGCGGUGCUCACCAGCCUGCAGGAAGCGGUCCUGACCGCCCUUGAUGUCCUGCAGAAGGCAAUUUGUGUGGGUUCGGAGAAUCUCCAGGUGAUGUAUCCCGCCAUCUUUGAGCAGCUCCUGCUGUUUGUGGAGUUCUCCUGUAAACCUCCUCAGUAUGGGAAGAUGGAGACCAAACAUGUGGCCAAUGCCAAAUACAACCAGAUCCAACUGUUUGCACCGGCGGAGUGGGUGGCCUUAAACUACGUGCCAUUUGCGGAGCGAUCUUUGGAGGUAUUGGUCGAUCUGUAUCAUAAAACAGCCUGCCACAAAGCCGUCAUCAACGAAAAAGCUCUACAGAACAUCAUCAAGACUCUGAGGAUUCCUCUGGGUCUGAAGUACGCCUGUCCUGCAGAGAGCACCUGGAAACUAGCCGUCUCUUCUCUGCUCAAAGUGCUUUCCAUUGGACUCCCUGUUGCUCGGCAACAAGCAUCCUCAGGCAAAUUUGACACAAUGUGGCCAGAGCUGGCGAACGCCUUUGAGGACUUCCUGUUUACCAAAAGCACACCUCCAGAUAAUCGGUCCAUACAAGAGUUCCAGAGGAAUGAAGCUAUAGAUGUCGAGGUGGUGCAGUUGAUCAGCACAGAGAUUUUACCAUUUGCCAAUUUCAUACCCAAAGAGUUCGUAGGUCGUAUCAUGAGCAUGCUCAAUAAAGGAUCGAUUCACUCGCAGUCGUCAUCGUUCACAGAGGCUGAGAUGGACAUCCGUAUGCGGGAGGAGUUCUCUAAGGUGUGUUUCGAGACGCUCCUGCAGUUCUCCUUCAGUAAUAAGGUGUCGACGCCGCAGGAGGGCUACAUCUCUCGUAUGGCGCUGUCAGUGCUGCUGCAGAGAGCUCAGGACGUGCUCCGACGAUUCGUGAAUGACGAGAGACUCAGUGGACGCUGCCCUCUGCCCAGGCAACAAGUGACUGAGAUCAUCUUUGUGUUAAAAGCCAUCAGCACUCUCAUGGAUUCCUUGAAAAAGACUCAACCAGAGAACGUGGAUGGGAACGUGUGGGCUCAGGUGAUCGCGCUCUACCCGACGCUAGUGGAGUGCAUCACCUGCUCGUCUCCUGAAGUAAGCUCCGCCCUCAAAGAUGCCCUGGGGCCCUUUAAAGACUUCAUGCAACCGCCUGUCUCCAAAGUGCAGAACGGCGAAUCGUGACUGAACGUUUUUAUUCCACCGCAAACACGAAUGUGACCGUUUCAUACGCCGCGCGCGAGGAAGAUUCACCCCCAUCGUCAUGGUAACUGUUGAUUGACAGCUCCAAUCGCAUCAUUCGAAGCUUCUUCUAAUACGAGCUGACGGUAGACUCUGAUUGGCCGACGACUUUAACGAUGUAUUAACUGCUACGUUAAAUUUGCAGUGUUUGUUGUUUUUAUGGGUUUUUGGCCCCGCCCCCUGGAGUUAAUGUACAGUGUUUGGUGAUUAGUGUUAAAGAUUUAAAUAAGAAUGACCUAUUUGGAUUGAAAAUCAUUUAAUAAGAGAACUACAAAUCAUAAUAAAUACAUGAAGGGUGGUCUUUUUUUUGUGUGAAAUUGUCUCAACAGCAAUGGAUUUUAUGCAAGAUCGUGCUGUAACAUUCCAUGUCAUCGUUAGUCGCAUUGAGAAGGGUGUGUACAAUAAUAAAUGGUACAGUUCUAUGAACAUCAAA